AUGUCUUUGAACAACAACGCUGCAGCCGGAAACUUAUUCGACGAGAUAUUUUUAAAGCUUCAUCCUCGAUACAGCGUCGAAGUGUGCAUUCAAGUUGCUCUUAAGUGCCAAGUGCUUCGGGCUACAAACGACGGUAUUCUCAGAGCGAACACUCAGGAUUACUGCAGGGCCGCGGAGCCUGGAUACAUCGCCGAUCUUCAGGAUCUCCUUGAUUAUGUCAGAAUCAACAUCAACUAA